GAUAUAGUGCUUGAAUGGAUACCAUACAACCAGUUUAAUGAAAUUAAAGAGACAGGCAAAAAUGGCCUUAUAACAGUAUAUUCAGCAAUAUGGAAGGAUGGUCCAUUACAUAAAGAGUAUAUUAGGAGUAAUUAUACAAGAGAUUCAAAUAAAAAAGUUGCUUUAAAAUAUUUACAUAAUUUACAAGAAUCCAUUGAUUCUUUAAUAAAUGAGGCUAGAAAAUAUCCAACAGUACAUAGAGAAUUACUUCAAGUAUUAUAUGGUAUAUCUCAAAAUCUAAAUACAGGAGAUUAUUUUUUAAUUCUUAACUGGACAAGUGGAAAUGAAAAAAUUGAUUAUUUCAUUCAAGAAAUGCAAUUAAAAAUAAAUGGCCAUGGCUAUGAUGAUAUAGUAUUUGAAUGGAUACCAUACAGUCAGUUCAAUGAUAUUAAGGAAAUAGGUAAGGGUGGUUUUUCUACAGUAUAUUCAGCAGAGUGGAAGAAUGGUCCAUUAGAAUAUGAUGUGAAUGAAGACAUUUACAUUAGGAAUCCAAAUAGAGUAAUUGCUUUGAAAUGUUUGUGUAAUUCCCAAAAUAUUACUGAUAAAUUUCUAAAUGAGGUUAAAAAGUACUCAAUAAGUAAAAGCAGUAAUAUUCUUAAUAUAUAUGGAAUAUCUCAAAAUCCAGAUACAAAAGAAUAUAUUAUGGUUCUCCAAUAUGCAGAAGAAGGCAAUUUUAAUCAUUGGAUAAAUAAAAACUAUGAAUAUUUUAAUUGGAAGGAUAAAAUAUCUGUAUUACUUAAUAUUGUUAAUGGUCUUAAAGAAAUACAUCAAAGAAAUUUAGUUCAUCAUGAUUUUCAUACAGGAAAUAUAUUAUUUUUAAAUUUCAUAAGUUAUUUUAGUAACUGUGUAUUAAUUUCAGAUAUGGGAUUAUGUGGAGAAGUUGAUAGUUUAGAUGAAACAAAAAUUUAUAAAGUUAUGCCUUAUAUGGCUCCCGAAGUAUUAAGAGGAAAGCCUUAUACUCAAGCAGCAGAUAUCUAUAGUUUUGGUAUGAUAAUGUAUUUUGUAGCAACUGGAAAACAACCUUUUGGCAAUCAUGCACAUGAUCAUCUUCUUGCAUUAGAUAUUUGCAAAGGAAUUAGACCUGAAAUAAGUGAGCCAGAAACACCAAGAUAUUAUAUUGAUUUAAUGAAAAAGUGUUGGGAUUUAGAUAAAAAUAAUAGACCAGAUAUUUUUGAGAUAGAUAAAUUAAUCACAUCAUUUUAUGAGUUGUAUGUGGAGAAUUUUGUUAUUGUAGGAAAUGAAGAAAUUGUAAUACAAUUUGAGGAAGCAGAAGAAUAUAGAAAAGCAAAUCUUACUUCCAUUGAAAAUUACCAAACAGCUACCCAUCCACAAGCUAUUUAUACAUCUCGAUUACUUAAUCCUAUUACAAAAGAUCUUCCAAAAAAUGAUGAUGAUUAUAAUUCUCAAUCUUUGGAUCAUUGUGCUCUUCCAAUUAGUUUCAAAUGAUACACAACGAAGUAUAGGAGAAUAAAAUUUUGUUUGACAUUUAAUAUAUACUGUAUACAUAACUGCUAUUUUAUAGGAAUUUACAAUUAUAUGUAGUUUUGUCCAACACUGUGUAUGAAUAUGUAAUUUUUUCUACAUGAAUAAAUCAGUUUGUAAUUGGACAUUAAAUCUCUU